CCCCCGUCGUCUGUGUCUGGCGGCACAAGUUCAAGAGAAGACACGGUGGCAGAAGAGUUGCUUCUAAGCAAUCGCAAAAUCACUCUGUCUCUCUCUCACCGCAAACAGGGAGUGGGGGUCGUUGAGACGUCAGAUCAAGGCAUGGACAAAAGCAAGCGGCUCCAUCGCCGUUUUCCAUUUUCCAUGUCGCCACGCCACUCGUCCGGCGGGGGGCGUCAAGCAUUCCUGUCUCCUCCUCCUCUUCCUCCUCCUCCUUCCCCAUCCUCAGCGUCGCUGCACCUAAUAAGUAAUUAGUGUCGGAGACGAUGAGUGGUCCUUCGCGGUUGCCGCCGCCGCCGCUUCUCCUCCUCCUCCUUCUGCUACUGCCUCCGGCGGAUGCUUCUUCAGAUGGGUAUUACGCAUCGGCAAUUGGAGACCCUGGAAUGAAGAGCCCCAACGUCAGAGUCGGCUUCGAAGCUUGGAACUUCUGUAACGAAGUGGGCGCGGAGGCUCCCUCCAUGCCCAGUCCCCGGCUUGCCGAUUGCUCCGAUUUGCUCUGCCCUGUCUUCCCCGGUUUAAGUUUCACCCCUUCUGAUAAUGGGAGCGAAUGCGUGGUCCAUCAAAAGGUGAAGGAAUCAGACAACAAUUUAAGGGCUGGCGACGCAUUUCGUCUGGAGGGUUUUCAGCCAUACGAAGAUCCGGAUUUGUAUGCGGCAGAGAAAGAACUGUACCUCGGUUCUCUCUGUGAGACGAAUGAUUCUGCGGAACCGUGGCAGUUCUGGAUGGUCAUGCUCAAGAAUGGUAAUUUCGAUAAGAAUACCACGCUUUGUCCUGAGAACGGGAAGAAAGUUGGCAAAAUAGUGACCGAUAGGAGCUUUCCAUGUUUUGGCAGCGGCUGCAUGAAUCAGCCCUUGGUGUUCCAUAAUCAGUCAAAAUUGUUUGGUCCUGAUGGCAAAAUGGCAUCGUUGACUGGAGGUUUUUAUGGGACAUACGACCUUGAUGCUGAUUUGAGCAAAGAUGAUGGAAACAGGUCGUACUUUUCUGUCUCGUGGCAGAAGAAUAUGAGCUCAGGAAGUUGGAUAUUUUCCCAAGUAUUGAGAACAAGUGCCAAGUAUCCUUGGCUUAUGUUGUAUCUACGGGCAGAUGCAACAAAAGGAUUUAAUGGUGGUUAUCAUUACCCAGGUCGGGGAAUCAUGCAAAAGUUGCCAGAAUCCCCCAACUUCAAAGUAAGAUUGACUCUUAAUGUGAAACGUGGCGGAGGGCCUAAUAGCCAAUUCUAUCUACUCGAUAUAGGAAGCUGUUGGAAGAAUAGCGGAGAUCCCUGUGAUGGCGAUGUACUCACAGACGUGACUAGAUACAGCGAGAUGAUAAUCAAUCCAGAAACUACAAGCUGGUGCAGACCAGAUAACCUUGUCUCUUGUCCUCCUUACCAUGUCAGUGUUUCUGGUGAGAUCAUAUAUAGAAACGAGUCUUCUCGGUUCCCCUAUGCUGCUUAUCAUCUAUAUUGCGGCCCUGGGAACGCCAACUAUUUGGAUAAACCAUAUGAUAUCUGUGACCCUUAUAGCAACCCACAAGCACAGGAACUUGUUCAACUUCUCCCACAUUCUGAAUGGGCAAUCCAUGGCUAUCCUGAAAAGCAAGGUGACGGAUGGGUUGGGGAUUCUAGGACGUGGGAACUUGAUGUUGGAGCUCUGUCCAGUCGUCUAUAUUUUUACCAGGAUCCGGGAACAGAACCAGCAAAGCGUGUAUGGUCCUCGAUCGAUGUUGGUACUGAAAUUUACGUCAGCCGGAGCAGGGUAACCGCAGAGUGGAGCGUUAGCGAUUUUGAUGUACUGGUACCCGAAGUUGUCACGUAUGAUGGUGAAAGGGCCGACCAAGUUUCGGUGCUUUGACUUAUCAGUCGAUGUUGUAAAUAGUUGUUGGAUGCGAGUGCCAUCGCAGUAUACAUAAACCACGGAAAGUGAGGUGUGGCGAUUGUGUUCUGUUCUCAGUAUUGCCCACCACAAGAAAACCGCAUCUCUUCUGUUUGAUCUCAUUGCGCAUUUUCUCUUCGUGGUAUGGUUGUUGUUGCAUUAUCAGA